GUCACGGCCGGGCCGGGGCGCGGGGCUGGGGCCGGGGCGCUGCCUCCGCCCGCCCGCUCCUCAAACCCCGCGGAGCCUCCGCUCCUUACCCCGGGCACGGAGAGAGAGGGCCGGGGACAGCCGUCCCCGCGCCCGCCGCCGGCGGGGCCGCAGCCAUGGACGAGCAGAGCGUGGAGAGCAUUGCCGAGGUGUUCCGAUGUUUUAUUUGUAUGGAGAAGCUGCGGGAUGCUCGCCUGUGCCCCCACUGCUCCAAGCUGUGCUGCUUCAGCUGCAUCCGGCGUUGGCUGACUGAACAAAGAGCUCAGUGCCCUCAUUGCAGGGCCCCGCUUCAGCUCCGCGAGCUCGUCAACUGUCGCUGGGCAGAGGAGGUCACCCAGCAGCUCGACACACUCCAGCUCUGCAACCUCAACAAGCAUGAGGAGAACGAGAAGGACAAGUGUGAAAAUCAUCACGAGAAGCUCAGUGUUUUCUGCUGGACCUGCAAGAAGUGCAUCUGCCACCAGUGUGCACUUUGGGGAGGAAUGCACGGAGGACACACUUUUAAGCCCCUGGCAGAAAUCUAUGAGCAGCACGUCACCAAAGUGAACGAGGAAGUGGCAAAGCUCAGGAGGAGACUCAUGGAGCUGAUCAGUUUGGUGCAAGAAGUGGAGAGGAAUGUGGAGGCCGUGCGCAGCGCCAAGGACGAGCGCGUGCGGGAGAUCCGCAACGCCGUGGAGAUGAUGAUUGCCAGGCUGGACACUCAGCUCAAGAAUAAGCUCAUAACUUUAAUGGGUCAAAAGACAUCACUUACUCAAGAAACUGAACUUCUGGAAACUCUGCUUCAAGAAGUAGAACAUCAGUUACGAUCCUGCAGUAAGAGUGAGCUGAUCUCCAAGAGCUCAGAGAUCCUGAUGAUGUUCCAGCAGGUCCACAGGAAGCCCAUGGCCUCCUUUGUCACCACUCCUGUCCCCCCAGACUUCACAAGUGAAUUGGUUCCAGCCUAUGACUCAACUACGUUUGUCUUGGAAAACUUCAGCACGUUGCGCCAGCGAGCGGACCCCGUGUACAGCCCACCCCUGCAGGUGUCGGGGCUCUGCUGGAGACUGAAGGUUUAUCCGGAUGGAAAUGGAGUAGUAAGGGGCUACUACCUGUCUGUGUUCUUGGAGCUGUCUGCUGGAUUGCCAGAGACAUCCAAGUACGAGUACCGUGUGGAGAUGGUUCACCAGUCCACCAACGACCCCACCAAGAACAUCAUCCGCGAGUUCGCCUCCGACUUUGAAGUGGGAGAAUGUUGGGGCUACAACAGGUUCUUCCGCCUGGACCUGCUGGCCAACGAGGGCUACCUGAACAGGCAGAACGACACCGUCAUCCUCAGGUUCCAAGUGCGCUCCCCAACCUUCUUCCAGAAGUGCAGAGAUCAGCACUGGUACAUUGCUCAGCUGGAGGCAGCUCAGACAAGUUAUAUCCAACAAAUAAAUAACCUUAAAGAAAGGCUUGCAAUCGAACUGUCCCGGACCCAGAAGUCACGAGGGGUUUCACCUCCAGACACUCAUCUCAGUCCCCAGAACGAUGAUGGGGCAGAAACAAGGUCGAAGAAACCUGGCCAAAGCAUUGAAGCUCUGCUGGAGAACUUCUCUGCUCCGGGGUUAGCACGGGAGAGCAAGGAAGAGGAGGAGGAGAAGACCCAGCAGGAAGACUUGAAUCACGAGCUCUCAGAUGGUGACCUGGAUAUAGACCUUGCUGGGGAAGAUGAGGUGAACCACCUGGAUGGCAGCAGCUCCUCAGCAAGUUCAACAGCAACCAGUAACACUGAAGAGAAUGAUAUAGAUGAAGAAACUAUGUCUGGAGAAAACGACGUGGAAUACACCAGUACCAUGGAGCUGGAAGAGGGAGAUCUCGUGGAGGAUGCAGCAGCUGCUGCUACUCCUGGAGCAUCAGGUACAAGCCACAGCUACAGCAGUGCCAGUGGGAGACCCUCCCGACGGGGAGCCAGUGCCCUGGGCUCCACAACCAGCAGCAGUUUGCUGGAUAUAGAUCCCUUAAUUUUAAUCCACUUGCUGGAUCUGAAAGACAGGAAUGGUAUGGAAAACCUCUGGGGCCUUCAGCCACGUCCUCCUGCCUCUCUUCUGCAGAACAGAGCCUCAUCCUAUUCCCUGAAGGAGCGGGACCAGCGGCGGCACCAGGCCAUGUGGCGAGUGCCGCCCGACCUGAAGAUGCUGAAGAGGCUGAAAACCCAGAUGGCUGAAGUCAGAAGCAAAAUGUCAGAUGUGAAGAACCAGCUGUCUGAAGUGAGGAGCAGCAAUGCUGGCUCUGGUGAGGGACAGCCCAGCUUCUUCUCCAUCGAGCAGGGGGCUCUGGCUGCCUGUGGGACCGACAGCUGCAGCAAACUGCAGGAAAUAGGGAUGGAACUGCUGACAAAGUCUUCAGUCACCAGUUGUUACAUAAGGAAUUCUGCCAGUAAGAAAAGCGGCUCAGCAAAGCCCCUUCGCUCCGGAGCAGCGGGAAGUCUGUCCCUGAGGAGAGCCAUGGACUGUGGGGAUGUGAAUCUGCGUGUGAAGGGAGACACUCAGACUCCUGAAGGUGGCCUGGGCAGCUCCAAGCUGGGCAGUCGGCACCGGGCCCUGGCCGGCGCGGCCGAGGCGCUGCCGAAGGAGGACAGGCCUUGUGAGGGCUCGGAUUCCGACGGGGGAGUUGCUGCCCUCCCUGGCUUGGCUGCUGUGGAGAAGACCAGAAAAGUUGGUGCUCUGGGCUCAAACUCCAAGGGCUGUCGGACAGAAGGGGCACAGGCAGGAGCUCUGGAGAACAGCUCUGAGCCCGGGGAGCUGCAGGGAAUGGCCUCGGAAGGCACCUCUGCGGGGCCAGAGGAAGCCGGGGGGUGCCAGAAGCACGUCCUGCAUCUCCUGCCGGGAAUGAGCAGCGACAGCGACAUCGAAUGUGACACGGAGAACGAGGAGCAGGAGGAGGCCUCGCCCUCAGAGGUGUUCAACCAGGCCUUCUCUGUCCAGCCCUCCACCGAAGAACACUCCUCGGUGUUACCGGAUGGCGACCAAGUGAGUUCUGACGAUCUCGGCUUCGUCCCUGGAGACGACACCACCAGGUAGAGUGUGGGCUUGGGGCCUGAAGACCCACCACUGCAUCCCUGGGGAGAGGGGUGUGCAUUCCCUGGAGCUGAGCCCGAGGCUGCUGUCGAUGGCUGUGUGUGCUCUCCAUUCUGUGGUUCUUCUGCCAUUGUCUGAAACCUGUCCCUGGGGCACAACGACCUUGGAAGGCCUUGCACUACAGGUUGCAUUCCUGCUGGCUCUGCCAGCCUCACGUGCUCUGAGGAACUGUUGGGAAGGUCCUGAGCCCUGUCCUGGGAGGUGUGUCCUGCUGGAAUAACCACGAGCGUGGGACUGUCCUCAUUUUAACCCCUGGGGCCUGGUGGUGGCUCCAGAGCUGGGGUGGAACAGGCACCACACGAGGUGUUUCCCCGGUCGGUGACAUGGACCAAUCGCACCCAUUGCCAAACUCUUUGCCACUGUUCGUUACAUUUUGAGCUGCUCAACUACUUGUGAAGCCCCUCUGGGAGCUGCCCCCUGGUUAGUGACAAAGCACUAACGUACCCGGUGUCGUGCCUGUCCUGCUGCCCGUGCCCUGUGUCCGUGUGAAUGUGCCGCCGUGGCCGUGCUGUACGAUUUAGUUUGAAACUGUUUGCACUUUGUUAAUAAAAUUGAAUGUUGAAACCUGA